CUCUAUAUUACGUAAUCAUUACACAAGCUAAUAAAAGCGGAGACUUAAAGAGUAAUUUAUCAUAACGUUGAGUGGAUUUAUUUACUCUAACAUCUAAUAUUUUUUAAUCCCCAGAAAGUUUAACAAGAUUUUCAAAAAAAUAAAAAAUGAUUCGUUUUUUGUUCUUGUUGACAUUGAGUUUGGUGGCAAUCUACGAAGCUAGUGCGUGCAGCUGUGCGGCUUUUUCUCUUCAACAUUUAUUUUGUGAAUCUGACUUUGUUAUUAAAAUGAAGAUUGAGGAUAUUCCAAAAAAUGAGGAAUCAUUAUAUUUAAUUUAUAAAGUUGAUGUAUUAGAAACUUACAAGGCUUCUGAUGCUGCAAAAUCUGCUCUUAAAAAUCGACUUGUGGCAACUAAUCCCGAAUCUGGAAUUUGUGGACUUAUAUAUCAGCAAGGUGACGUCGUUGUUGUUGGCGGGAUUGUAAUGAAUGGACUACCACACAUUAGUGUCUGUGAAUUGCAUAUAAAAAACGCAGAAAAAAUAGCAGCUGAGGAGACUAAUCUUCGUGAAAAUUUUAUUAAAUCUUGCGUUUCAGUUGCUUGAGUCUAAAUUAUUUACUACAAUAUUCUUCU